UCCUGAAAAACUUAGCAGAGUGAGAUCACACCAUGUCUGAGUGGAAGAAGAGAUGUGAGGAUGAGUGGAGCCUGCACGGCGCACCGAUGCCCGACAGCGUGGACUGGAGGUCCGUCUAUGACGUCAAACCGCUGGGGAGAAAUCUGCUGAAGAACCCUUCACCUCAAGGAGUUAGCAAGGACACCCCUCCACCUGAACCCGACCUGCCUGAAAUGCCAACACGUGGACCUCCAUGUUUCCAACCUGACGGCGACUUCAGCGACUGGACCACGAGCACCGAAACCCUCCCCUACGACAGGAGUGGCAUCCCACCAGGUGCUGUGGUCUGCCAGUUGCCUCGCUACAGCUGGUUCACCAUGGAGCAGGUUGUGGACCUGAAGGCAGAAGGAUUGUGGGAAGAGCUGUUGGACGACUUUCAGCCUGAAAUAGUCAUCCAAGACUGGUAUGAGGAGAGUCAGCUGCAUAACUCCAUCUUCCAGCUGCAGGUGAAGCUACUGGGUGCAGACAAAAGCACAGUGAUCUCAGAGCACACCGCCAACCCCACCGAGGAGCGCAGUGUUUACUCACACACCUGGAAGGAGGUGUCACACGUGUUCUCCGGCUACGGACCAGGGGUGAGGUAUGUCCACUUCCAGCACCGGCUGAAGAACCAGUUCCUGAACGGGUUCUAUGGUACGCUGUCCACCGGCAGCACUGUGCUGGUCAGACCAACCAAAACCAGCGCCUAAGCCGAAAUCCCACAGGAAACUGCAAUGCAGACAUAGUGGCUAUAACACUCAAUGGAUCUGACCACAUUGGUACAUAUUUCGUUAUAUAAAAGUUAUGAAGUUUGAUUUUAAUGCACUAAGAUACAAAUCAUUUUAUUUACUUUUUAUGCUGAUAGUUGGGGAAGAUAAUUAGACAUUUGCUUUGAUUUUGUAUUUGCUUUAAAAAGAAUGAAGGGGAAAGGGAAGUUUGUUUUGCUGCUCUUUGAGCAACUAUACACUGUUUUUUGCAAUAAUAAAACACAUUUUCUUUUUA